AGUCGGCCAUCUUAGGUCAAACUGUCAGUUGUCAGCGCGCGGCCUGACCGCGCAUGCGUGAUAAAAGUGACCAUAAAUAGUUCUUAUUUUUAAAACACAAUGAAGGUGUUAGGAGUUCUACUGCUGGUGGCAGCAGUCACAUAUGCUGCUCCCAGGAGCGCCACCAGGACACAGCCUGUCACUGGGCAGAUUACAUCGCUUACUGAUAAGGAUGCCAGAAGCAAAGCAAGAGUGCACACAGCUUUCGCGAACGCCGGCCGCCAAGCUGGUGUUGAAGUUUGGAGAAUUAAUGCUUUCGAGCCGGUUGCAGUGCCACCGAAUGACUUCGGCAAAUUCUAUAAAGGAGACUCCUACAUUGUACUUAAGACUACAGCAGACAAAAGAAACCGUUUAUCCUGGGACAUCCACUACUGGAUCGGCAGCGAGUCUACUCAAGACGAGUCGGGUGCCGCCGCCAUCUUGACAGUAGGCCUCGAUGACAAGUUUGAAGGAGCCGCUGUACAACAUAGAGAGGUUAUGGGACAAGAAAGCCAGCAGUUUAAAGGAUAUUUCCCUGCAGGUAUACAAUACCUUUCUGGAGGCAACACAAGCGGCUUCAGCCACGUCGUGACUAACCCGGGUGCUGAGAAGAGGUUACUGCAAGUUAAGGGGAAGAGAAACAUUCGUACUAGACAGGUAGACCCAGUAUUCUCCUCAAUGAACAAGGGAGAUGUCUUCAUACUCGACGUCGGUAACGAUGUGUUGGUCUACGUCGGAGAAUCCGCGAGGAAUGUGGAGAAACUCAAGGCUAUAUCAGUAGCUAAUCAGAUCAGAGACCAGGAUCAUAAUGGCAGAGCUAGGGUUGAGAUCGUUGACCAGUACUCAAGUGAUGUGGACGUUCAGAAAUUCUUUACGGCUCUCGGAUCCGGUACUAAGGAGUUAGUUCCUGAAGCCAGCGCCGGAGGUGAUGAUCAGGCUUUUGAGCGCAGUGAGGCGCAAUCCGUGGUGCUGCUCCAACUAUCUGAAAUGAAUGGAAAACUGUCAGUGACAUCCAUCGCUGGACCUUUCAGACAGGAUCAGCUGAAAACUGGUGAUAGUUACGUUUUGGAUACCGUGACUGGCAGCAUCUAUGUUUGGACUGGCAGGCAAUCCAGUGACAAAGAAAAGAACGAAGCUAUGACAAAGGCGCAACAAUUGAUCGCAUCCAAGAGCUAUCCUUCAUGGGUGCACGUAGUGAAGAUUCCUCAAGGCACGGAGCCUGCAGUUUUUAAACAAUAUUUCACAACUUGGCAGGAUGUUGGCAUGUCACACUCCAGGAUUGUUUAAAAAAGAAAUGUUACAAAUACGUACAAUUUUUAUAAUGUAAAAGAUUAAUGAAUAUUUUGACACAUGACGUAAGCCGUCAAAAUGACAAGUGAGAUUAAAAUGACGUGUAAAUCUGAAUAAACUUCGAAUAAAUAUUAUUUUUGUA